AUGUCCCAACAACAGGGUGAUAUCCAGGAGAGGAUCGCCGCUGCACGGCGUGAGGCCGAGAGCUUGAAGGAAAAAAUUAGAGCAAAAAAAGAGUCCUCGGCAGACACUAGCUUGCGCGCCAUGGCGCAGGAGGUCGAGCCCCUGCCGCGCAUCGUCAUGCGUCCCCGCCGUACUCUCAGAGGUCACCUGGCGAAGAUUUACGCUAUGCACUGGGCAGCGGACCGCCGACACCUCGUCUCAGCGUCGCAGGACGGUAAACUCAUCGUAUGGGAUGCCUAUACGACCAACAAAGUUCAUGCUAUCCCGCUACGCUCCAGCUGGGUCAUGACUUGUGCCUACUCGCCUUCCGGCAAUUUCGUCGCCUGCGGUGGCCUCGACAACAUCUGUUCCGUCUACAACCUCAACAGCAAGCAAGAGGGUGUCAAAGGCGCCCGCGAACUCAGCGCCCAUUCCGGAUAUUUGAGCUGCUGCCGCUUCAUCAACGAUCGCCAGAUUGUCACCAGUUCUGGCGAUAUGACAUGCAUGCUCUGGGACAUCGAAGCCGGUGUCCGAGUCGUUGAGUUCAGCGACCACACUGGCGAUGUCAUGAGUCUGUCUCUCGCCCCCAAUCUGAACACCUUCGUAUCCGGCGCUUGCGAUGCCAGCGCGAAACUGUGGGAUAUCCGAAGUGGCAAGGCGACGCAGACCUUCACGGGCCAUGAGUCAGACAUCAACGCUGUCAACUUCUUCCCGAACGGCGACGCGUUCGCCACUGGUUCGGAUGACGCAUCCUGCCGAUUAUUCGACAUCCGCGCCGACCGCGAGCUCAACACCUUCACGCAUGAUAACAUCUUGUGUGGCAUCACGUCCGUCGCGUUCUCCAUCUCCGGCCGCAUACUCUUCGGCGGCUAUGACGAUUGGACAUGCAAUGUCUGGGACACUCUCAGGGGUGAGCGUGUAGGUGUCCUCACUGGUCACGAGAACCGCGUCAGCUGCCUUGGAGUCAGCGCGGAUGGCAUGGCGCUCUGCACGGGUAGCUGGGAUAGUACGCUCAGGGUGUGGGCGUAA